AACAGAUACAAUUUACUACCGUGGUGCACAGAAGAAGAAAUCCGUCGCAUUCCAAAAUGACGGACCCGACAACAUCUCCAGAGGACCAGUGGAAAACCGAUGGUGCUUUCAGCGAUGGUGGCUUUGACAACAGUUAUAUUUCUGAAGCAAUCAGAAAGGGUACUAUAGUGUCCCGGGCCAACAGUAUCGGCUCAACAAGUGCCUCUUCGGUGCCAAAUACAGAUGAUGAAGACAGUGACUACAGGCAUGAAACAUCAUAUAAGGACUCGUAUAAAGAUCGUCGGAGACAAGCACACACGCAAGCUGAGCAGAAGCGUAGAGAUGCUAUUAAAAAAGGAUAUGAUGACCUCCAGUCAAUCGUUCCAACAUGCCAGCAGCAGUCUGAAUUUGCGGUGGGAGCACAGAAGAUCAGCAAGGCUACUAUUCUGCAAAAAACAAUUGACUACAUCCAUUUCCUUCACAAAGAAAAGAAGAAGCAAGAGGAGGAAGUUUCUGUCCUAAGAAAAGAAGUGAUGGCGCUUAAGAUUAUGAAAACGAACUAUGAGCACAUAGUGAAGGCUCACCAGAACAACCCACAGCAGGGAGAGGAUCAGGUGUCGGACCAGGUCAAGUUCAACAUCUUUCAGAGCAUCAUGGACUCCUUGUUUCAAUCUUUCAGCAACUCUGUUUCAAUGAGCAGCUUCCAAGAACUGUCGGCCUGUGUUUUCAGUUGGAUUGAGGAACACUGCAAGCCACAGACGCUGCGGGAGUUUGUUGUUGGAGUGCUGCGGCAGCUCAACGGUCAGCUUUACUGACUGCGCCUGGCCUCUGGUUAACACCCAAAAAUGGACUUUUUGAGCUUACUCUGGCCUCUAAGAGUGGAGUAAAAAAAAUGUUGAUCAGCCUCAAGCUAUGCCGCAGUAUUUACACUCACUUUGACUCAUCAGUGACUCCCUGGCUGCAAUUUGAGUACCUCAUCACAUGUGGCAGAGGUGAAAGGUGGCAUUGGAAUGAUAUAAGUUUAAUACAAAUCACUUUAAGCUUUGAAAUGUACAUACAUGUUUAACUGAGUGUAUUUCAGGAUCUUCUGAUUGUUAUUUGAUUUGGGAACCCAGCAGUACAGAAGUCACUGUAAGUGCCGUUUUCAAUGUGUCGGGCAGGCAAAAUAUUGUGUUUAACUAAUGGUAACCACCAUCUGCAGUAGCCAUAGUUGCCCACACUGAGAUAAAAAACAUGAGGAGGGGAGAUUAGAUCUUAAUAGCAAGAACUCUUCUUACAGAUUGAGUGAACUGAUGGUAUAGUUUAUGGUGCCUUUUAAAAUAAUCAACAGAUAAGGGGGGAAGGGAACUCAUGAGCCAACACGUUCCCCUCUGUCACAUCAAGCAUGACUUUGUAGCUUAAUGCUGAACCAAAGGAGCUCUUUCAGCUUCAGUGGACGAACACUGAGCCACUCCUCAGCUGUAGCAGAUAAUAGAAACUACUGCAGAGUAACAAUCAUUGCUAAGUGUGUUAUCAGGAAAAUGCUAUAUGAGGUCUCAACAAUUUAUCACUGGGAUUUGGCUUGUAAUCCGACACAUUUUGAGAUGUACAUAAAUGGAGCUGUGACAAGCUGACAAAGUGCUGAAAUGUCAAAUUAUUGUAUGUAUAAAUUUAAAUCUCUUUACAGUGUGCCAUUUAACAUUUUAUAGUUGGCGUAUUUCAAUUCAAUUUGGCUUCAAUGGCAGGAAAAGUAAUGAGUAUUCUGUCUCAUAAUUGAGCUCAUCACACUAUGAAGCAAUGUGUGUGGUGAUCUUUCUGCAACUUUCAGAUUUUCCUUUAAUAAAAAAGCUUAAAAUUUCAGCUUGUUGGUCCAAUUCCAACAGAAUAAACAUUGUUUACUUUUGUUAUCAGUGGUUCUCAGUGGCUAAGAUGCAGUUCAUGCCAUGCUGUGUAUCAGCCAGAACCCGCUUUUUUUUUUUUUCCACCAUCACUUUGAAAACUGUCCCUUUGAACUGCACCAGCCAAGUUCAUGCUGAGAGAAGUGUUGAGAAGCUACAGCUGCUGUGUGCUGAAUUAUAAUGAGUGAAUUUCAAGUAGGUGACAGCUCAUUUUAAUGAUGGUUGUUUGUUGUUUCUAUAAACAUCCUUUCCUGUGUUAGCUGUUUUCAUGGAAAUGUUUUUUUUUUAACUGUCUUAAGUUGUUGUUGCGGGUGUAUUAAUAAUUCUGUCAUACAAGCCAUGUACACUCAGUGGCCACUUUUAGUUACCCCCUGUAAAAUCCAGUCUGAAAUCUGAGCCUUAAAGUCUGCUUUAUAAAGGUUUUUUUUCUUUCUUUAAAUGUACACCAGCAGAUAGGUGUAAUCUAUGCAUUAAUGUACAGCUCUGUUAGUGUUGUAGUUUGCUGUGGUGUUGAAUGUUGACGUUUUUAAUUUACAAUCCAAGGAGGUUGAAUAUUUAAAAUGGGUUUUAAAUCUGUACCUCUGAGAGAACACUAUGUAUUUGAUUGUAUUCAAUUUCAUAGGUUUGCCUAAUAAAGUGGCCACUGAGGG